AAUACUUUGGUCUCAAAUACUCCUACAUCCCUACAUUGCUUCGCCAACUACCUCGCUAGAAUACUUCUUGCUCUACUCAUCUGUAUCGCCAUUGGAUACACAGGUCAGAUGCCCCCUAAAUCUCAGCGCAGCCGCGCUUGUUCCCAAUGCCGCACGAGACGCGUCAAGUGUGAUGAGACGCCAGAGACAUGCAAUCAGUGCCGCCGUCUGGGAAUCAAAUGCUCAGGGCCACUGCAAGGCUCCAUCGUCAUUGACAUGACGGAGCGUGUGGUGAAUCCAAAAGGACGAAAAAAGAAAGAAACAGUGAGAGCAUCAGCAUCAACAUUAACUAACGAGACCGCUGCCGCGAAGAAUUCGCAUCAUGCAGUAUCUAUCGCAUCGAAAAAGCCUGCUACCCCACUAGACAUGCCUCUUCAGAAUCCAAUGUUUCCUACCAACAGUCGACAUGCUGAACAGGUGGAGAGGGCCACGACAGCAAUCCGCUACCACUACAGGCCUCCUACCUUCAACCAGCCUUCGAAAGCCUUGUCAUCGAUACUGGACAAUGCCUUCCUCACCCAUUAUGUAGAGCUCAACCAUGUUAAAAACGGUUAUGCACCUGAACUUCAGUGGCUUGUUCACUUGCCAGAAAUAUUUAGUAACGCCUCCAAGCCCGCUGUCAGAAUAUCACUUCGAGCAAAGUCCAUGGCAUUUUACGGCAAAUACCAUAAUGACUCAAGUAUACUCAUCGACUCCUGGAGAUGGUACACUGUUGCAUUGAGUGCGCAGCGAAACUCGAUAGCAAGAAUGAAAAAGAACGAUGUCCCAGAUGAAGGAGAAGUUCUGGUGCCCCUCAUCCUCGCGCUAUAUGAAAUUUACGUUGGCGCAACGUCUGCUGGCUUGGUCGCCCACCUAGAUGCAGCAGGAGAGAUUAUGAAGAUGCGAGGCCCAAGCAACUGUAGAUCUGGGGUAAUCUGGCCGCUCUUCAAAGCCAUCCGCGGCCAAGAGGCUCACAUGUCAAUCAUUUUUAACAAAAAGUCGACGUUUGCUUCCCCAGAUUGGAUGACAAUACCAUUCGUCGAUAUGCCCAGCGACCCGCACCAAGACCUCGCCAGUAUCCACUUGAUGAUGCCUUACUGUAUGGCUUAUCUAGAGAUACCAGGAUCUUUGCGUGCUGUUUUCGAGACGGCCAUACCACCCAAUGUUGAUGUAACACCUGCUAAGGAACUCACAUGUAAACUGCUCAAAGACCUCGACAGCUGGGCCGAAAAUUACCCUCAUCUGGCGAAGCGAUUCACCAGCCCUGGGAAUACUCAAACCCCAGAGUCUUCCUCGCAAUCCACAAGACAGAAAUCCCCCAAAACAGGAAAAAUCAACCCAGCCAAAGAACUAAUCAGUUCAAAUUACAUGGCAGAUCGAGUCCUGCUCAAUAUGCUCAUGUACAAGAUGCACACAGAAUCCAGAACUCCCUUGGCACCAUCUGAGUAUAGCAUAGGACACUAUUAUUCCGAAGCGCAGAAUUAUUCCCAAGCCAUACUGCAGACUGCAGCUGAGAUUGAACGAGCAAAGACGCCUGGAUUCGACCUUUUGCGCUGCGUCAGUCCUGUUGUAAUCGUAAUUUAUUGCGCUCCGAUGGCGGAACUGAGAAUGCAAGGCAAGAUGAUGUUGGGCAGGUGGGCAAGCCAAAUUCAAGGACUUGCGUCAACUAUGGACCGCUUGUGAGCCGAGUCUUGCCAGCUCCACUUCAAGGCGUGGAGAACCGCUCCAGAGGUCUAGGCAGCUACUCGUGGAUCUCAAAGAGAAUAGGACAAAUGCUAAUCAUUUCAUGAUACUUUGUCUUUGUCUCAUUGGCGGAGGCAAUAAUGAGCUCUUUAUCACAAAUAUCACGUCUUUGUUGUAACAAACAACCCAAAUCUUUCUUUGUCUACUCGGAAAUUGUAGAAGCAACUCUACCCUAAUCACGCAUCUGAUGCCCUAAUAUGCCAAUGUACGCAUCAGUAAUCAAUCCACUCAUCAUACU